AUGUCUUUGGUCGGAGCCCUUCUGUUCUGUAACGACUGCGGUGGUCUGCUGGAGCGAUGCCCUGCUUCUCAGGCAAACAUUGACUGUGAUGUGUGUGGCAAGAGAAACAAGACUACAGCAUUCCCUUCUCGCCUGCGCGACGCCCGCUCCGAGAUCCAAGUGCUCUCAGCCGAAGACCGCGAGACCUGGGCUAUGACGACUACAGCAUGUCCUCAGUGCGCAAACCCCGAGAUGAGGUUUAGAGAUGUGCAGUUGAGAGGUGCGGAUGAGGGAAGUACGAUUUUCUAUAGGUGUCCCAAGUGUGAUUACAAGUUCAAUACCAACAACUAA